AUGGUUGCUAGGCGACUACAUGAUCUUACCAAGAAAAAUCGGCCUUUCAUAAGGGGGCAGUCUCAAGAGCGCGCAUUCACGCAGUUGAAAGAGCUGUCAGCACCCAUUUUAGCUUAUCUAGUAACAGGAGUAAAAUUUAUACUGGAUACCGAUGCAAGCACAGAAGGCUUAGGCAGCGUGCUCUCCCAGCAAAUUGAUGGUAACGAAAAGAACGAGAAUAAAGGAGGUGUCGCCAUCUGCUGGACUAUUGUGGAGACCAACGGAAGCUUUUCGAAGGAAGACAUAGGCAGUGCUCAAAUGGCCGACGAAGAUUUAAACGCAAUAUUAAAGGCCUUAGAAAAGGAGAAGCGUCCCACCUGGGAAGAGAUUUAA